AUGACAUUCCUGUUCCCAAGAGGCUGCUGCGUGGAGAUCAGGAGAGGAUGCUCCUGUAAGGAGUACGUUGUGGACCGGAUGACGGACACAACCACCGAGGCCCCGCGGCUGCCGGUGCCGCUGCGCCGCUGCCACGGGGCGCUCCAGGCCAUCAACGGCAACGGCACCUGCGUGGAGCAGCUCGGCUUCUUUCCACCGUUCUCCUCCACCCUCGCGCUCCUCGUGCUGGUGGCCGUGCUCGCGGGGGUCGUCCUCGUCUCCCUGGCAACGUUCCACUUCCACAAGAGGAAGCUCCGGAAGAGGAAGAUCCAGCGCGCGCAGGAGGAAUACGAGCGCGACAGUCGCAGCCCCAAGCGCGCAGGGGCGAGCGGGGAUCCCGCGAGGCCGUGCGUCAUCGUGCGGCCGGUGAGAUGCGGGGAGGUUCAGCCCGCGUGCCGGAGCGAGGGAGGCGGGGACGUCACCGGGGCACCGGGGGAGGACGAGCUGCACGAGGCGGUUGCUCUGGACUGUUAA